AGGUGAUUAGAGAGGCAAAAGUUGGUAUAAUUCGCGGCUAGAAUUCGAAUCUCCAAAACCCCAAUCGGGCCACAGUGACAGGUUUCGAAGCUUGGAAAUCAGCAGUGCAAUGAAGAAGAAAGUAACAGCAAGCACCAUAAUUCUUCUUUCACUUUUACUUUCUCUUCAAGAAGUUGUUCAUUUUGCUUUCUCUUUACCUCCUUCACACAACAAUCAGGACGAGGAGCAAUCUGCGACUUUGAGACCUCUUGAGCAAAACGAAGAGCAUGUUGACGAGGUUCAUUGUUCCAGAGAAAGAAGCAGGACAGCCUGGAAUAUUAUUGAGGAGCAUUUACUGCCGUUUAUGGAGAAAGAAAAUUAUGAGGUUUCCACCCAGUGUAGGCUUCAUCCGAACAAUGAUCUCUUCAGAGAUCAGGAACAGCACAAGAUUCAUCUUGAUAUAAAUCAUUGGCAGUGUGGAUACUGUCGUAAAAGCUUUCGUGCUGAAAAAUUUCUCGAUAAGCAUUUUGACAACAGACACAGCAAUCUUCUGAAUGUUAGCCACGGGAAGUGCUUGGCUGAUUUAUGUGGGGCAUUACAUUGUGACCUAAAAAUGGAUAUCAAGUCUCGUAAAUCUAAAUGCAAGCCUGCAGCUGCUGCUAGGAACAAGCAUUUAUGUGAGAGUCUUGCUGAUAGCUGUUUUCCAAUUAACGAGGGACCAUCAGCAAACCGUCUUCAUGGUUCCUCAUGGAAUUGCUCAUAUUUUUUUAAUUUAAUGUCUGAGAUACUCCGUAGAGUUGUUUCUUCACCAAUUCUGUGGAGCUCAUUCUUGCACUGGAAAACAAAAGCCAUUUUCAAGAGGAGCAGCGAGGCAACCAGGCAUAUUUUACAUGGCAUCUUCAAUAUUGAUUUUGAUGCUGCUACCAAUUUUCUAUGUCAUUGUCUAUUUACACCGCAGAGAAUCAAGAAAUGGAAUCGAAGUGCUGAAACGAAUCUCAAAAGCUGGACGUAAAAACAAACCCUUGUAACUGGUAGCACCUUUUCCCCCGUUCCUAUGAAAACUACAUUAUUACAUUUUUAAUCUCGUCAACUUCUGGGACUUUGUUUAUGUCCGAGGGUAGUAUAUCAUAGCCAAAUGUCCUUUAGCCAGGCAUCAUCUAAAUGUAAAUUGGAUAUAUCUUGCCUUAUACUGAUUAAGUUUUUUCCCGAUCAUUUGCAUCA